UCUGGUGAGCGAGAAGGAUGUACCACACGAAGUACGACGAGUCGCGGGCACGGGACACGACCCACUGGUGGGUCACGGCGGGACUGUGCGGGAUGGUGGUCACCUUGGCCUUCGUGGGGCUCACGCUGUGGCUGGGGAUGGAGGAACCUCGACAGGUGGACUCUACAGAGUUCCGGUACAGUCCACCACCCCAAGGGGAGCCGAGGGGUAUCCCGCGGCCUCCUAGGGGCAGGAUAGAGAAGGUCCACAAAGAGGAGGAGAAGUCGCCAACCCGUCUGAAGUUACCGAUACCCCAGGCACCACCCAUGGGACAAGAGGACACCCAGGAGAUCCGGACCUACAAGGGGACACUUCAUCACGGUGAGGAACUCAUGAACGAAACAGGAGUAAAGGAGAGCAGCAUUAAGAAGAAAAGCGAGGCUGUAUUCCCUUCAGGAUUUGAUCCCGACAUGUUCUUGUCCCACGGUAUUUUUGGUGCCGACAACAGACGAGAUGAUCUUUCAAACGAUUUUGAAAGUCAUGAAAGACCCGAAAUUCCACCCUUUUCGUACAUUCGAGAGCCCAACGAAGUGGAAGACCGAAUAGACGACGCCCCCGGUAAUUCUUUCCUGUACCCGGACUCGAGUGUGGAGAAUUUUGGAGACGAUACGAACUCCCUCACGGAUUUCUUCAAGAAGAGCUUCCAAGAAGUCCGGGAUUGGUUGAUGACUCGCGGUGACCAGACUGCGAAUUCUGAAUGGCUCCAACUUUUGUCGGCCUUCAACCAAUCGGUGAUCCAGAGGAAUCUGACAGCAAUAAUGACGCAGCUGAAGGAUAUGUAUAACUCUUCGGAUGUAGCUGACGUUCCUGUGUCUUCUUUGCUGUAUCCAGAUGCGCGUAAUGGAUCCAGCCUACUAUCCUUCGGACUCCUCGCCAUCGACUUGUUCCUCCUUCACAACGUCCAGCAAAUAGCCUGGAACGAACAGGACGACCGGAUGCUGGACGAUCCGGAAGUGGUAGCGAUGAACGCUCUCUUCCUGCCACCUGACCGGCUGCGGCAGCUGCACCAGAAGGGUUCGCGAGUGUUGAAAACCUCCGAAGACAAGAGCGUUCUGACUGAAACCUUGGAAUUCGUCAACAGCAUGCUGAGGGCUAUCCUGAACCUCAACAAGGCCUUCAGGAGGUCCGGAAUGGCCAGAGAGACAGGUCCUAACACCAUGGAUUGUAUAUGGACACUGUACUGCAGAAAUCUUGACAAGACUGCAAAAUUACAAGGGCCGUACGGGUUCCUCGCCAAGAUGAACAGCCUAGGCCUGCGUCUCAUGAUGGGGGAGUUCCCAGCAGACAAGGCUUUUUCGCAGCUGCUGGCAGAGGCCACCUCAGGCUGGAGACCCAUCGACUGCCAGAGGCUCUUUCCAAGGUGUAGCGUGGACGAAGCGAAAGACGUAGUUAUGAACACUGUACUGGGUGAAGCGCCUGCAACAUUUACAUAGGCAAUACACGCUGUACACACCGAUGGUGUUAAUAGUUUCUACACAAAGCAGGCGCUGCCGUUCUAAUAUUAGUAGACCGGUCAGCAUCAUAAGACUGUUAUUAUUUUAGAUUUCGUACUAGAACAGGGUUUAUUAUGUAGUGUUAGCAUAAGUUGUAUAUUUAAUUAUGCCUAACUAUAAUAGUCAAGGACGUAGCCAGCGACGGGGGUCCAAGGGGCCAGGACCCCCCAAAUGUUCACGAUUACCCCCCCAAACUUUUUUAAUAAACGAUUAUUAUCAUUUAAAUAAUUCAGUAUUACUGACAUGUCCUGCUUAAUGAUCGUUUUCAUCAAAGAGACGUGUCAAGAACUUUUUAAGGAACAAAAUGGGACCAAACUCUUUGUCCACUACGGGAAAAUAUUAGUUGCCUGGACCCCCCCCCCAAACUUUUUCCUGGCUACGUUCUUGAUAGCAGUAUUAUACUAGAGUUUGUCAUGUACAUCUAUUUCUUUAUGCAAUAGUUCGUUUGUUAUUUGAAAAUAAGUUUGUUUGAAUGCAAUAUUUUAGAGCAAUUGUUAUAUUUUACAACUAAGGAACUCAUGAAAAUUGUUAUUGUGUAGCUACUACAAAGAGUUUUAAAACUAAAAGACUAAGUAACUAAGUAAUGGUUUUUUUUAUGAAUCAAUUGAAAGUAACAAAACUACAGUUUUUCAUGUACAACAUCUAUUUAUUUAUACAAUCAAUCGUUUGUUAUUUGAAAAUCAGUUUGUUUGAAUGCAAUAUUGUAGAGCAAUUGUUGUAUUACACGACUAAGGAACUCAUGAAAAUUGUUAUUGUGUAGCUACCACAAAGAGUUUUAAAACUAAAAGACUAAGUAAUUAAGUAAUGGUUUUUUAUGAAUCAAUUGAAAGUAACAAAACUACAGUUUGCAAUGUACAACAUCUAUUUAUUUAUACAAUCAAUCGUUUGUUAUUUGAAAAUCAGUUUGUUUGAAUGCAAUAUUGCGGAGCAAUUGUCGUAUUACACGACUAAGGAACUCAUGAAAAUUGUUAUUGUGUAGCUACUACAAAGAGUUUUAAAACUAAAAGACUAAGUAACUAAGUAAUGGUUUUUUAUGAAUCAAUUGAAAGUAACAAUACUACAGCUCUCCUUAUCUGAUAUUAGUAACUUCUAUACAUUGUAUGUACAAAAUAUGACUCAGUAUAACGUAAACAUAUUAGUCCCUAGUAAUCAUUUGCAUAUAAACGAACAAUCUUUAUACAUUGCUUUCGAAGAUAAUUACAAAAAUGAUAUACAAGGUUUUGAAGCACGUUCAUUUAUACGAGGCUUCUUAAACAAUUUCAAAAAGCAUUGAAUGAUAACUUUUCUUACUGAACGUUAAAUUCAUUAAAUUACAACCCUUAAGCCAAAGAAAUUACGAAAAACAUAACUAAAACAGAUUGCUUUACAUCUUGAUUAUAUAGCGAUAUAAUCAGUCGAUAAGUAGACAUGUAUAUAGUGUUAUAACACUUGUAUCGUAAUAUAAGUUUAUAUUUAAGCGCAUUCUGGUAUUUUUAGGUUUAACGCAUCGCAUUAGUGUUUAAGUUAGUAAGUUAUUACAUAGUAUAUUUAGUUUCGCUUAAGUGAAGCUUGAUCUUUUGUAUUCUACUUGUCAAUUUCGAGAUUAUUGUUAUGCACAAUAAAUACUAUUUUG